CUUUACAUGCUAACUUAAACUUGAGUUUAACACUGUAGCCUAGCACCCAAUGGUCAUCUAUUUGAAUUAUUUCUCUCCUGAUCUCCUUCGAUCCUCUCCAUUGCAAGAGCCCUGUGACAGUAUGCAAUUCAACUUUCUAAAAAAAACUCUAUUCGAUGCUCGUCCCUCCUUGGAACGGAGAAAGUGUGGAGGUCGGUCUUACGUUCUUGGUGAAUGCUGAUAUUUUUCCAUUAUUGACUCGAUCAUGUGCUUGCUUGUUAUUUGACAAACUGGAGGUUGGUGGAAAGGUCCAGGAGAAGUUCCCGAAAGAUGCAGACCUUAUUGUUGCAUGCCAGAGAGGAUUGAGUUGGACAGAUCAACAAAGGGCUGCUGCUGUCAAAGAAGGUUGGGGUUAUCUAUUAUUGUUCUCUGCUCGUCUGGUUGGAGUAUUUCUUGUUGCAGAUGCCUUGUUUAUUGGUGCUCAGCAAGUAGAUCGUGUAUUCAGGAUAUAAGAUCACAUUGAGUUGAGCUUGAAGGCAGUUGAUUGAUUCACCAGAGAGCAUGUCUUUGCGUUCUUAGUGACAUAUGAGAUUGAAUGGUAUCCCAAUUUUUAAACCAAGAGUAGUUUAGAAUGCCCAAGCACAUACCUCCAUAUCAUGUCUUUAAUGUUCAAUCCUGUUGUAUCUAGGCAUGGGUUUCUUCCUUGUAAGAUGAUGUAUAUGCUCUGAAUUAUGUCUCUCUAUAAUCAAUAUCCAUAAACAGUUCUCAAUGUCAUGGAUGGUGCUUCCUUUCUUUUUUGAAAUGUCAAGCUAUCUGGUUCCAAGGCAAAGCAGAUCAGGCAUCUACUUGCUGCAUCGUAGACAUUCGUUUGGUAUGAACCCCUUUGUCUUUAUCCCAUUUGUUGAGCCAAAGAAUGCAUUUGAUGAAGGAAAAUGGUUUUUUUUUCUUAUUUAUUUAUUUAUCUGACAUGAGGAAAUGAGUAUUUUGUCCUUGCAGUAUUAUGAUUGAUUGAACCUCAAUGGUGACACAACUUAUAACUGAUUCUAGUGUCCGAGUUCCAGCAGCAAGGACUAAGGCAGGAGUUAAGUUGCACCGAAGUUCUGCUUUCUUCUUACAAGCAAACCACAAGUAGUAACUUUUAUUCGGAAAGAAAAUUACAGAUUGUAGUUGACAGACUAAUAAAAUCCUGACACUUCUUGAGUCAAUCGAAGUGUGGUUUUGCAAUGACAUGCAGGGGAACUGUCCUGUGCACUGAGAUGCCAAAAGCUUCUGUAUUGUCUAUAUCCUUUGCUUCGAGACCAGGAGGAAGCUUCCAAUCAAAGCUGUGGAGGAGUUGAGCUAAAGCAAUUUCAACGGUUGCGACUCCAAAUGUGAUGGCUGGGCAGCUUCUUCUACCCGCUCCAAAUGGAUUUUCCCACAGUUCUGGAUCCCUCCCCAUUCCCCAGACAUUGACAUAAAUCCGAGUUUUAGCUGGAAUGUUGUAGCCAUCAAUUACAACAUCUUCUAAAGAUUCCCUUGGGACUAAAACUGGAGCGGCAGGAUGUAACCGGAAGAUCUCUUUGAUAACAGCUUUCAUGUAGUUCAGCCGGGGCAGAUCACUCUCUUGCACCACUCUUCUGUCUCCGACAACACUUCGUACUUCAGCUUGUGCUUUCUCCAUGACAUGAGGAUUCAUGAUAAGCUCUGUCAUUGCCCAAUCAAGGGUUAUGAAGUUGGUAUCUGUUCCUGCAGCAAACAUGUCCUGCAACAAUAGAGCAAUAAUUAUACCCUUUAGUUGUAAAUUGUGUGCAAAUGAACUCAUCUACAAGUAAUUUGAUGCUUGGAGCACUGAAGUUGAAGCCUUGAAGGUAUAACUAGACCAAUAAAAUCUUCACUGACCAAGAUGACAGCUUUAAUGUUAUCCAUGGUGAGAGGGAUUUCAGAAGAUCCAUCCUUCUGAAUAUCAAGUAGAACGUCAACAAGGUCCUUCUUCUCCUCUUGUUUUCCCUUAGAACUGCGGUGCUCAGCUAUCACCUCAUCGAAGAACUGAUCAAACCGUCUGAAGGUGUACUGGAGUUUUGAUUUCAUUCCAGUCAGACUGUGCACAAACUCCAUCGAAGGAAAGUAGUCUCCAAGACUGAAUCCUCCAAGCAAUGCUUGAAAAUCGUCAAGCAUCUUUUGGAACCCGUGCCGAUCAUACUCUCCUCCUCCAGAGAAAUCCCUUCCUAGCGCAAUCCGACAAAGAACAUCAUUGGCAUAUAGUGCAAUCAUCGAGCUUAGAUUGGUGAUGCCAGGAUAAGAUUCUGCAAUCCGACGAAUCAAGCGAGCAACUUCUUCUUCUCUAACAAAGCUGUACCACUGGACACGCUUGGCGCUGAGCAGCUCAAGUAUGCAAAUUUUCCUUAUAUUCCUCCAGUAAGCACCAUAAGGAGCAAAAGCAAUAUCAGUGCAACCAUAGAACAAGUGUUUGGCUGAAAAGAGCUGCGGACGGCUAGAGAGUACAAGAUCAUGAGUUUUCAGGACUUCUUUUGCCAAUCCAGCUGAUGAAAUCACUACAGUUGGGAUCUCCCCAAGCUGUAAGAAAAUGAUGGGACCAUACUUUUUGGCAAGCCCUCGGAGAGAGAUGUGAGGCAUAUUACCAAGCUGGUGAAGGUUACCAAUGAUUGGCAAUUUUGCAGGGCUUGGUGGGAGAUUGAGCUUCCUCUUUUUCAGCUUCUCCUUCAUGAGAAACUUGAGCACUACUACUAGAAAAAUAGUUAAAACGAACAAGGCAGGUUUGGAGCAUUCUUUCAGCCAUUGUAGUAAAGCCAUUGAUGGAUCUUUUCCCUUGACAAUUCAACUGGUUUGUAGUGUCAAUACCACAAAUUAAACAGAGACAGACCCCUUUAUAGGAA